CUACUUUCUUUACAAUAACUGUCCCUUCUGCAUAGUCUUUGAUUUUGGAUAUAUUUGAAAAGCAACAUGGCAUCCCCCCAACAUCAACAACUACUGCCUCACAGCACAGAAGUGAGCUGUGACUCAAGUGGAAAUGGAGGCGUCUCAGUGAGGAUUGGCAGUAGUGUCAAACACAAGCAUGGAGGUGGGCCGCUGGGUUCAAUCGGGGGAGGAUUCAUUGGUGUAUCCAAGCACUGCAAGUACAGCAUCUCCUCCAGCUGCAGCUCCGGAGAGUCUGGAGUUAGGAGGCCAGUGGUCAAGAGCUUUCGCACACAUAAGAAGAUGCCUCAGCUUUUUGAGAGAUCUGCUGGUCAUUUCUGGGACCCAAAGUUUGACUCUUCAAUCCUGGAGGAGGCCUGUAGAGAACGGUGUUUCCCUCAGACACAGCGGCGCUUCCGCUAUGUGCUCUUUUACCUGGUUGCCGUUAGUCUCCUCUGGGGUUUAUACUUUGCUGCCAACCCUUCCCGCUGUGACAGGACUGCCUUUCUCAUUCCCACUGCGUCAUUCCUUCUUUUCUGUCUCCUCCUCUUCCUCUUAACUUUUACUAAGCUCUACUCUCGCUGUUACAACCAAGCAUCUCUAUUGCUCAUUUUUACAACUUUCAUCCUGACCCUGGCUCCCCAAAUCCAGACAUCAAGCUUUAGAGACCCGGAGGCUCCCACACCUGCACUCGAUGUGGAAGAGUUCAGUGGCAUGGGACCCACAUACAACCUAUCCUAUGACAAGCUUGUGGGAGGUAAUACCUGGUCCCCCUGCCUUUCUCCUGUAGGCACCUUCUCCCUCUGCAUUGAAGUUCUUAUGUUGCUAUACAGCGUUCUCCAUGUUCGCCUCUAUGCUUCUGUCCUGCUCGGGCUUCUCUACUCUGUCUUUUUUGAGAGUUUGGGCUGGCUGCACCUGACACAGGUAGGGGAUAACUGGACCCUAGCCUCUCAAUCAGACUGGGAUACAUUAAGGUGGCUGGGCCCAGCUAAAGCUCUGCUCCACCUCUGUGCCCACGCCAUUGGCAUCCACCUAUUCAUCAUGUCUGAGGUGCGGUCACGAAGCACCUUCCUUAAAGUGGGACAAGCUAUCAUGCAUGGCAAAGAUCUGGAAGUGGAGAAAGCCUUGAAGGAGCGAAUGAUCCACUCUGUUAUGCCCAGAAUCGUGGCUGAUGAACUGAUGAAGCAGGGAGAUGAGGAGAUAGGUGAUAAUUCUGUUAAACGAUAUUCCACCAGUGGUGCAGCAGCCGCCAUCUCAAGCCCUAAAAACAAUAAACGCAAGAAAACUUCCAUCCCUCGAGGUCAGAUCAUCUUCAGACCCUUCAACAUGAAACGAAUGGAGCCAGUCAGCAUCCUCUUUGCAGACAUUGUGGGCUUCACAAAAAUGUCUGCCAACAAAUCAGCUCACGCCCUUGUUGGGCUCCUAAAUGAUUUAUUUGGGCGUUUUGAUCGACUCUGUGAGCUCACUGGCUGCGAAAAGAUCAGUACCCUAGGAGAUUGUUAUUACUGUGUGGCUGGUUGUCCUGAACCCAGACCAGACCAUGCCUAUUGCUGCGUCGAGAUGGGCCUGGGCAUGAUUCAGGCUAUUGAACAGUUCUGCCAGGAGAAGAGGGAGAUGGUGAACAUGAGAGUGGGUGUCCAUACUGGCACUGUACUGUGUGGUAUCCUGGGCAUGAAACGCUUCAAGUUUGAUGUUUGGUCAAAUGAUGUCAACCUUGCCAACCUAAUGGAGCAGCUGGGAGUAGCUGGGAAGGUCCACCUUUCAGAGGCCACCGCCAACUUCCUGGAUGAGCGCUUCCAGUGUGAAAGCGGACAAGUCCUCGAGAGAAUAGGACAGAGUGUGGUGGCUGACCAACUCAAAGGCCUGAAGACCUACCUAAUCUCUGGCAGGAAGGUGGAGCCUCACUCUCACUGUAGCUGCUCUCAGUUGGGGUCAGCUGGCCAUGAGCAUGCAGAUCCUCGGUGCUCCUCCUCCAGGGCGCACACACCUGAUGGGGCUCCUUCUGUCUGUACCCUUCCUCCUGACAGUGUUAAGUCUCCAUGUCUAUCCUGCAGCGUGUCCCUGAUACCAGGGGAGGAUCAGCUCCUGGAGGAAGGAGCAGUGCACAAUGGCUGCCAAGAUGACCACAAGACUAACAGCAACAAGGACUCGUCAAAUCUGAAGUGCUCCCCAGUGGUGUCUGCAGGGCGCAGCCCCAAGGCUCUGAAUGGCCUGCUCAGUCCUCAGCUGGAAGCCUUGAAAAACAGCCAGACAUCACUGUGUGAGAUGCUGCAGGAGAAGGAGAAGAAGACGUGGUGUGGAGGAACCAUGGGCAUGGAUCACUCAGCGCUCAUCCCCCUUCGUUCCAAGAACUUCAGGGAGAGGAGUGAUGCUCACUUUGUGGAUGUUAUCAAGGAGGACAGCCUUAUGAAGGACUAUUUCUACAAACCUCCUAUAAACAAGCUGAGCCUCACCUUCCUGGAGAAGAGCCUGGAGUCUGCCUACCGGAUAAGCUACCAGGAGGAGGUGGAAACCCAAGCAGUAGUGCAGACUUUUGCCAGUCCAACAUUCAGUUCUUUCCUGGAUAUGCUGCUGUGCUGUUCAGUGUUUCUGGCUCUCUCACUGGCCUGUUUCCUUCGACCACUUGUCACCCAUGAGAAUUUAUCCACACCGGCACUCAUUCUGACGGCUGUAGUCACCCUGUUGGAGGCUGCGGCUUUGCUGUUUGCUAUACGCAUGGCUUUUUACCUGCACAGUGUGUUGAACUGCACUCGUGCACUGAUGAGUGCAAUUUCAGGCUGGGUAGCACGUCACCUUAUCGGAGCGGUCUUGGUGUCCCUGCCCGCUGUGGCUGUUUUCUCCCAUGUCACCUGUGACAUGAAUCUACCUGUUCAGUUUACCAUGUUCAUCUGCUGUGCUGUCAUCAUAGCUAUCAUUCAGUACUGUAACUUCUGCCAGCUCAGCUACUGGAUGCGUUCAGCUCUUGCCACUUUGGUGGGGAUAGCACUGCUUGCUUUCCUCUUCAGCUCCCCCUGCAGUGUUGCUAAGAGUCUGUUUUUUUGGUCGGAUGGCCAGAACAAUAACAGCAACAGCAGCAACAGCUCUAUUGUCAUGUCUGACAGUACAGCAGACCCAGAACCACAGCCGCAUCCACAGGACCUGCUGGGCCCUGAGGCCUGUGUGGCCUAUUUUCUGCUCCUCCUCCUGGUCUGGUUCCUUAACCGUGAAUUUGAGGUCAGUUAUCGCCUGCAUUACCAUGGCAAUGUGGAAGCUGAUCAACACCGCAUCAAGAUCCAAAACAUGAGGGACCAGGCCGACUGGCUGCUUCGCAAUAUCAUCCCCAUUCAUGUUGCUGAGCAGCUAAAGGUCACCCAGAGUUACUCCAAGAACCAUGACAAUGUGGGAGUAAUAUUUGCUAGUAUUGUUAACUUCAGUGAGUUUUAUGAGGAAAGCUACGAGGGAGGCAAAGAGUGCUAUCGGGUCCUCAAUGAGCUAAUUGGAGACUUUGAUGAGCUGUUACGGAAGCCUGCCUUCUCAAAUAUUGAAAAGAUCAAGACAAUCGGUGCCACGUACAUGGCAGCAGCAGGACUCAAUACGCAGCAAUGUGCAGAUGCAGCACAUCCUCAUGCCCAUCUCCGUGCUCUUUUCGAAUUUGCCCUGGAAAUGAUGCGUGUGGUGGACGACUUCAACAAGAACAUGUUGGGGUUUGGCUUCAAGCUACGCAUUGGAUUCAAUCACGGGCCUCUAACAGCAGGGGUAAUUGGCACCACUAAGCUUCUCUACGAUAUCUGGGGUGACACAGUCAACAUUGCCAGUCGCAUGGAUACUACAGGUGUGGAGUGUCGUGUCCAGGUCAGCGAGGAGAGCUAUUGUGUGCUCAGUGGCAUGGAUUAUGAGUUUGAUUACCGUGGUACGGUUAACGUCAAAGGCAAAGGUCAGAUGAAGACCUUCCUUUACCCUAAGAGCAGUGACAGUGGCCCUGUGCCUCAGUACCAACUGUCAGUCUCACCAGAGAUCCGGGCACAGGUGGAUGGUAGCAUUGGGCGCUCGCCCACUGAUGAAAUUGCCAGCAUGGUUCCCACGACCAGCGUUAAUGCAAGUGGUACCACCACUAUUGUACCCAGCACCAGCGCUGGUUCCUCCACUAUCACGGGGCUUAGCCAUGAGAAAGAGGCAGACCUUCGUGAAAGACGCUCCUCAACAGAGACCUCUCAUGCCAGGCGAUCUACAUCUUACAGUGGCAUGACAUCGAUACCUGUUACCAAUCGAGAAGGACCUCCUCCUUCUGCAAAUAACAAACAGCUCAUCAUCUCAUCCUCAGUCCAGCAAAAUAUGCCCCAAAGUUCCACAACUAUGUCUCAGAAAGACAUAAAGAAGGACAAAUGCGAGGAUGAUUAUGACAGUAAUGUUGGAGAGUUAACCAGACUGUAAGAAUUUGUCAGAGUGGCGCUUUUACUGUAAAUCCUCUACCCUUUAAGCUCUUGUUCUUGUCCUUUGGCAUUUGUAGAACCACUGUACAUUGGGUCCUUACUCCAGGCAGAAUCGUGGGAAGAGACCCAUAUGCCUCUUCUCUGCAUUAGCCAGGUAUUAUCAGUGGAGCGAGCUGGCUGGACAACUAAGUAAGUGUUAGGCAGGAACACACAGAGGAAGAUGUGAUGACUGACUCUGAACCUACUCUUGCCUGCUACAGUUCCUAUCAUCACCCAUUAACUUACUUGAUUAUCUGUACACCUUUAAUCUUGAUUAUUUCUUUCAUAUGUGGUUUAAGUGCCUUUAGAUUAGAAUAAUGUGUAGACUAAGCCUUUUUGAGUAAGGGAAAGAUAACAUAAAGGGAAAACUGUAAAUAAGCAUUUUUUUGUAAAAAUGCUUUGCUUUUGUUACAAUUUUACUUUGUAAACUAUGUUUUGCUAUGAUAUUUUGCCUUUUAUCAAAGAAGAGCUCAGCGAGCUGAGGUUACACAUGGAAAAUUUUACAAUGUGAGGGGAAUCAAAACGUGGAUCGAGUUAAGGAAAAUAAGAUGUUACAUCAACAUAUGUAUCAGUAAAAUCUGCACUUGAAUGCAGUAGAGUCUGUUUCUAUGUUUUUCAUGAAAACCAGAAUACUCUUCAUGGAAGGCACAGCAGAGGGUAAUCGGUACAGGCAAAGGACGGAUGAGGCCAAGCUGCGUGUCGCGUGAGUGUAAGUGCAUACAGUGUGUGUGUAUGUGUAUGUGAGUGUGUGUUUGUAUAUGUUUGUGUAGUAACAAGAAUGCAGGGUUUAAUGAGGAGAAGCGGUGAUGAGUUACUUGACUGACUUGGUGAAACUGCAGGAUGACAAACAGUUUAGGAACGCAGUUGAAAAAAAGAAAACACUCGGUUGUUGCUGAUGUGGCAGCUUUUUCUCUGGCCUUGGUUAAAAUCUUUGUAUUGGCUCAGUACUGGGGCGUGAUGGUCUCAUCUAAACUUAAUCAUGCAUGCCUGCAACAGCAACAUAGACGAGGCUAACUGUUAAUAGUGUUUGUGCCCUCUGCCAAGAUCCAGGCUCUUAUGGGGAAACUCAAGCUGUGAUUAGUGUUGAUGAGUAUUUCAAUGGAUCCUAAAAGGCAUUGCUGUACAUGUAGAGUGUCUUAAGCUGUGACUGUAGAUUGAUUAGAGAAACAACUGCCUAGGUUUGCUAUGGAUUACACUGUGUGGUAGCUGAUAGUGCUUUUAAGACAUCGAUAAUCAAAAUGGAAUGUCACAAAUCAAAGCUAAAUGUGUUCUAUUGUAUUAAUUGUUGCACAAAACUUGAACUGCUCACAUGAAGCUCCCUUCUCUAUGAUUUUAAAUACAUUAUUGGAUGGAAACAGCUGGACACAUUAGCUGCUUCAUACUUUCAUGACAUGGCAUGAGACGUCAUUGAUUUCAUACUGAUAUGUUAGAUAAUUAACACAAACUGUCUAAACUGUAAAUCUCUCUUGCUCUUAUAUUUUGUCUAUGUCACUGUUUUUUAUCAAAAAGGAUUGUGUGCUCAGAGGCAAAAAAAAAGUUUUUACCAUGAACUCCACUUCAGUAUUAUUAUUUUUUUUAAUUCAGAUAAACAAAUGAACCUCAUAUUUUUUUUUUAAUUACUAUAUCAUAUUCAGUACUUUUAAAUAAUAAUACCAAACAAGACAAAUGUUGCAGAAGAAUGAAGAAACAAUUUGCCUUCUUUUUUCAUGAAAAAUUAAUUUCAACUGCCACGUCUAACAUUUCCUGACAGAAAAAAUAAUGUAAUUUUCUAUGUGUGAAACUAGCGGAGCUUGUGCCUUUUAACUCUGAACUUGAUUUUCCUCGUAUUUUUUUCACAGUUGCUUUAAUUCCUUAAGAUGCUCAAUAUUUCUCAAAAGCUGCUGGUAUGCAUAAGCAGGAGCUUUUGUGCUUGAAAUCACAAUUGAUUUUGUUGUCAUGAAAUUUUAACUGUGCCUUGUCUCACUAAAUACAUAACUAACCAAACACAUUCAACAUUAAUUGGCCUUAUGACAGUUUUUUGGAUUCCUUUUUGUUUGGCAUUGCAUGGUAUUUAUUGCUCAGAAAGAGUUGUUUUAAAUGCAGUAACAAAGAGUUUCAUUUCAUUUCAUUGAUUUGAAAAGGGAAAUGACGCUUAUGAGCACACAAUCCUUGUACCAGUCAAAAAUUUGUUUUAUUUAUGCUACAGUAAAGGGAUGCUUAGAAUGUUGUCGUUGUUAUCCAAGGUUAAGUGCUGAAUAGAUGUUAUGAUAUUUAAGUGUCAGGUGUAGCAUAUAAGCUUCACCCUCCACCCCAUAGUUCUGAUAAGCUCUUUUCAAUAAUGUGUUUUUUCAUUAUCAAUUUUUCUGGAUUAGUAUUAUAUGUGGUAGAAACAGGAACAAUGAGAUAGAGGUUUAAAUUUACACUUAUAAUUGUUUUUCUUUUUCCUCGUUUGUUUUACUGCAAACGUGAGCUUAAAUGUCGAGUUCAUUUGAUUUAUCAACAUGUAAGUGACAUUCUGAACCAGCAGAAUGACACACUGAGAAAAUUAUGAUGCCAAAGAGUGUCAUUGCCGUCUUUGUGUGUUAUAUUGUAUCGCCUCCUUAAUUUGCAGACUGUGUUGUGCACAUCCAAGAAAGCUCAUUUAUAUUCACUGUUUAAACACAUUUGCACAAGUCACUCACUUUUUAUGUACAGUAUGCCUUUAUAUUGUAUCUGAGCAUUUUCUAUUAUUUAUAUAAGCGCAUGUACUAGAGUAUUAAAUAGUCUUAAGAACUGGUUAAUUUUAAUAAAGUUGGAACAAUACUUAGGUGUUCCGCUCGCCUGCAUGUGCGUUAAAAAUGUACGAGUGUUUGUAAUUCUGUGCGGUUGUGUGUGUUUUUGAAGGGAUCCUCUAAUCUCAGCAGGAAUGUCACAAUGACAUUUUUAGUCCCCUUAAUCAUCUCAAAAAGUAUGACAUGCUAUGACAGUAAGGCUUCAAUUAACACGGAUUUCCCUUUUAUUUUCUAAUUUAAACCGCCCAAACAAAUCGGGUGAGACACUACUAUAGGUAUAGGCAGUACAUCAGUAGCCUGCUAUAGCCAAGUGUUCAUGAAUUAUUGCUUUCUUUGAAAAUGUUUUUGCAUAUAUAGCACGCUAAUAGGUAUGCAAGUGAAGGCUAAAAUUGAAUAAAGUCAGUUGCUGGGAAA